AUGCGGAUACGGUUGGUAGAGCGCAUUGCCCAGUAUGCGCACAGCCUGAACCGAUACCCUAUAGGAGGAAACAGCAAGCCUCCUAGUACUAUUGGCGUAAGAAAUGCCUUUUUCUCUGAAGUUGCCAUUGGGAUCUCGGCCAACACAGUCCUCCUCCUUUUCCACAUCGAGCACAGGCCCAAGCCCACCGACCCGACCAUCGCUCAUCUGGCUGGGACCCACACGGUGAUGCUCAUCACUGUGGGUUACAUGGCCAUGGGUAUUUUUGGGUCUCCUAGUCUCUGGAACGACUUCAACUGUAAGUCACUUAUCUACUUGUAUAAGCUGAUGAGGGGCCUCUCCAUUUGCACCACGUGCUGGCUGAGCGUGCUCCAGCCCGUCAUCCUUAGCCCCAGAAGCUCCUAUCUGGCAAAGUUCAAAUGUAAAUCCUCACGAUCUAACCUGGCUUCCUUUCUCUGCUUAUGAGUCUACAAUAUGGCCAUUAGCAGUCGCUUCUUACUGUCCACUGUUGCCACCCCUAAUGUGACCUCUGGCCAUCUUCUGCUUGUCACUGUAUCCUGCUCUCUUUGGCCCCAAAACUACUUCCUCAGGCAGAUAUUUUUCACACUGGUGGCCUUCCAGGACGUCACCUUCUUGGGGCUCAUGGCUUUCUCGAGUGGCUACAUGGUGCUGCUCCUGUGGAGGCAUAAGAGGCAGUCGACCUUGCAUUCUAACAGCACCAAACGUUCUUCAAAAGCUUCCCCCGAAAAGAGGGCCAUGCAGAACAUCCUGUUGCUGGUGGGGCUCUUUGUGGCCAUGUACUGUGUGGACUGUGCUGUCUCCUCCCCCAGGACGGUGUGGUACAGUGAGCCUGUCCGUCUGUAUGUCCAGAUUCUUAUGGCCAAUGGCUAUGCCACCAUCAGUCCUCUGCUGCUAAUCAGCACCAAAAAUCGAAUGAUCACUUUCUUUAAAUCAUGUUGGGAAGGAAAGUAA